AUGUCGACAUCGGAAUCUGCCCCGCCACAACACGGACGACGACUUUGCCACAAUAUCAACGUCGGGCUGCUGCACACCGCCACAGCUAGUGGCGCUGGCAUGCCACGCAAUACGGGGGCAGCGGUGCCCAAGGAGAAAAGAUCAGUUUUGAGUUUUCUGGGAAGGGCCCUGUUGCGGAUGUCCUUCGUAGAGUCCGGAUUCUCCUCUGUUUUGCAGCAUCUGGGAUGUCGUCGGGACGUUUGGGUUCGGGGCCGCGCUAGCCUCGAAUGGCUUUGCGGUCGUCGCCCAAUGGCCUUCCAGAAGAGCCCUGAGAUCGCAAGCUCAACUUUUCGUCAAAAUCAACGUCAACGAAUGAGCAAUUCAGGACGCCCUUUCUCCUCACCUGACUUCCUACUAACCCAGACCUCCCGCAAGGAUGGGGGCAUUCCCAUCCUCACUCCACAGGCUCGCAGAGUUUCUUGCCUCUUCUCGUCGUCCCAGGGCCGGCCGGAAAGGCUCUUAGAUGCGGGAUCCAGGACCAGCCCAGCCAGCCCAGCCCCGGCUUCACUUCACGAAACGGACACUGCCAAAAGAAAGAAGGGAAAAAAAGGAAAGGGGUGCCGCAUCUCCCGCGCCAGAUCGUACCCCCUCGAGCCAGAAUCAGGAGAGGCCCCGAAGCUAUUCAUGCAGGAGGGUCCUGUUCUGGUCGCGAAGAAUGGCCAGGAGAUCCAGUGCUGCCCCGUCCAACAUCUCGAGGUUGAGCAGACUGCAACACCGGGACGAUGCAGAGCCAUGCAGAUGCCGGCACGUUCGGUGACAGGUCCUCGAUCAGAAUACGAUCAACGGUAG